UCGUUUGUACGUGGACGCGUUGCAUUUGCAUCUUUGUCGGCGCAGGGAUGCGGCGACUUAACCGCUCGUGCGGUUCGGAACGCACAAAGCGCUAAACUAAUAUGGUGGCGAAGUGGGAGAGAGGCGAUGGCGCACAAAGUGGCGCAGACUGAGACAGCGGAGCCGCAUUACGGAGCCGGGCUCAUUGUGCACCUUGUCCAGACUCCACUGACAAACUGUGAAGCUUGAGGGUCGACUGGCGUGAACGAUGUUGGAAUGCAGCAGGAUUAUCAUCUGACCUCAACUCGAGGAACCGGAACGUCGGAUCACACGAUUCCCGCACGUCGCUACGAUGCGGCCGAGGUAACAAUGUCCGCGCUGAAGCACGUCCUCCUGCAGGACAAGGAGCAGGGCAUCGAACGCAGGCUGGACCGGAUCUACAUCGAAUGGGCCGAGGAGGAGCGCGUCGCGGGCCCGGCCGUGGCCCACGCCGGCACCCAGACGGACCGGGGGCCGCGGCAGCACAGGCAGACUCAGACCAGCAACCCGGUCAUCAUGCACAUCAGCCUGACGCGGGCCCACUCCGGGCUCCGGCCCGCGUCCCUGCCGGAGGACGGCGGCCUGGCGGCGCCGCCGUUCCAGUUCGACCGGCAGGCGCCGGGCCGCAUCUCCACGUCGCCCACGCUGAGGAGGAUGAGGAGCACGCGGCGCCCGCUGAGCGACGCCCCGGACGCGGGCCGGAUGAGCGGCGCGCGGGAGGAGCCGCCGCCCCUCACCCCCCUCUCCCCCGGGCGCAGAGUCCAGUCCCCCCUGGCGGCGGGCCCCGGUCCGGACCGGCAGAGGACCCGCUCGCAGAGGUCACAGACGCUGGACCAGGAGCGGGAGCCGCCCAGCGCCCGGGCGGCGCCGGCCCAGAACUCCGAUGACGGGGAGGUCCAGGACGACGAGCGCCGCCAUAGCAGGCUGAAGGAGCGGCGCCGCAGCUCGGUGGUGGUCAGCCUCCCCGGCCUGGACGUGUCGCCCGGGGACCUGUUCGUGUCCAACGGCGCCGCCGACAUGCUGAACGGCUCCAACUACUGCGACACUAAGAAGUCAAAGUGGCCUUUUUCGAGGCGCAGCACGACUAAAGGAAAGUCGCACGCGGGCACAGUGUCGGAUAUUGAAAAGUAUCUCUCAACAGCGCAGAUCCAGGACUGGAGGAACCCUGACCUUCAGAAGUACAAGGACUACUCGCUGGCAGAUUUCCUGCAGGACCAGUCCUCCCAGCUGAGCGCAGACUCUGACCCUCAGGGCUUCAAGAGGCAGGAGGCCGUUUGGGAGCUCUUCACCAGCGAGUGCGUUUACUUCCUGGACCGGCUCAUGGUUCUCAAGGAGGUGUUUCUGGCCACGCUGGCGAACCUGCAGGCGAGCAACUGCCUGACUGACGUCGACUCCUGGGGAGUGUUUGCAAACCUCAACGAGCUUUGCCUGGUCAGCUCCAGUUUCCUGCACAAGCUCCUGGGCGCCAUCAGGGCCACGCUGGAGACGAGCGAGGGUGGCGGGCCCACCCUGCUGGAGCUCCUCAGCAAGGCCUUCCAGGAGAGCAUAUGCCACUGCCUGCAGAAGUACUGCCUCAACUACUCCACCGCGCUGCUCUAUCUGGACGGCCUCAAGCUCAGAGAGGACUUUGGCUGCUACGUAAAGGUAGAGUCCGGAGGGAGGGAGGGAGGGGAGGCAGCACGCCGGCCGGCCUCACCCGCCUCCCUCCCUGUCUCUCCCCAGUGGUGCGAGAGGAGCGAGCAGUGCCGCCGGCUGCAGCUGCGCGACCUGCUGGUGGCGCCGCUGCAGCGGCUCACGCGCUACCCGCUGCUGCUGCGGAACGUGGCCAGGCGGUGCCGGGCGGAGGACCAGCUCAGGGGCCUGGAGGCGGUGGCGGAGCAGGUGGACACGUCCAUAUGCGACCUGGAAGGGAAGGUCAAGUGGCUGGACAACUACCAGAAGGUGAAGCAGCUGAGGGACGCGCUGGUGUGGCUGCCCGUGUGGGAGCGGGACAAGCGCGCCUUCAUACCGGAGGGCCUGAAGCACCUGCUGAAGCCCGUCACUCUGGAGAACCUCAUCACCCACAGGAGUCUGCUGCACGAGGGGAGGCUCGUGCUCACAGAGAACGCCAAGCUCAUAGACGUCUUCCUGUUCCUGUUUGACGAAUUCCUGCUGAUCACGAAGAUAAAGAGGAACAAAAAGAGGAGCAUCGGGCCCGAGCAGAACUCACUCAGGCUGCCGCAGAAGCUGGACCUGGAGCUGGAUCAGCUGCUAAAGGAGGGAUGCACCUUCACGGUCCUUGACCAGCCCGUGUCCCUGGACCGACUCCAGCUCAAGAACAUCGACCAGCUGAACGCCUCAACAUCGGGGCUGCCUCACUCUUUCAUAAUCAUGCACCAGAACCGCUACCAGCAGUGUAUCGGGGCGUUCAUCCUGCAGGCUGCAUCAGAGCCUGCCAAGAAAGCAUGGGUGUCAAAGAUAGAGGGGGCUGUGACAGCACUGCUGAAGCUGGACUCUCAACAGCCGCGUGUCAAGAGCGCCUCCCUGUGGCUGGAGUCUUCACAGAUAUGACGUCCGAGGGACGUGCACUUCACUGUCGCCUUGUAAAUGACAGCACUAGGACUAGGUUCAUUCUGUAAAGGCACCUGCUGUAGUGGAACUGCAGUCUCUGAUGGUGUAGAUUAAACUUGAUGACAGUUGUAUGACAUUAA